AUGGAACCAACUCCAGGCACCCAGCAUGACAACAACGCGAUGGCAUCGCAAGCUGAUCCGAAGGCUCACGUCCCGUCCGGCUACCCUGUCGCAUACUUCCUCUGUGAUGGUUCCACUGAGAAGAUGUUGAAAACCUCGCUCAUGCUGCCCCGUGUGCCCAAGCUACGCAAAGCACGUAUAGCAGGAUACCGACGUUCCGUGCGCUCCGGCGAUGGACCCAACACGCUCGCAUUCGAUGCCGUUAACUUCGGUGAGUGGAGUGGCGAGGAAGUCGUCAAAGGCGUUGCUUUCUAUGCAUUGAAUUUGGAAGAGGAGCGUCGUGUGAUUGAGUAUGCGGGUGGUUCUGGCGAGGUGAAGCAGGUGGUCAUGGAGGUUGCUUGUUCGAGUGUGCUAGGCCUAGUGGGGAAGAUGGAGACGGUGUUUGGGAGGAUCUUUGUUCCGGAGGGCGAUGGCGAUACACUUGUUGGAAGUGAAGACAGUAAUCGCAGUGCGGAGGAUCGCAACGAAGAUUACAUCGACGAAUUCAGCGAUGACGACUUCUCUGAGACCAGCUCGCAGGCCACCGUCGAGGGUCACCCGACUCCGCGAAUCUCACCUUCGAUCUCGACCCUCAACGACGCGGACAUUCCGCACCGGUCCCUUGAUGACCUUCCGCUUCCUGCUGUCGAUGAGCACCCAGUCGACCCGAUGAUUGAAACUACCGAUUGGGUGGCUACAAGACAGGUUGGGUCCACGGACGUCAACUGGAUCGAAGAGCCUGAGCAAGUUCAAGACGUCGAGAUAACCGAGACCGUAGCGACUACAGAGAGCUACCAAGUUCAAGUGUCCGAGGAGACCGAGGAGUCAGACGAAGACGAUCAGGGGACUGAAGACACUCAAGAGACCGACGAGGUUGAGGGAGCCCAAGACAAGACUGAGACGAACUCCAUGGACGACACUAAGUCUUUAAGACCAUCAGACUUUCAGAGGUUCCUCGGAGCAGAAUCCGGACGUGCAUUACCCUCCUCCCCUUGGCAACCAACCGUUCCCUGGCGCAAAGAGUCCGCGUUCGAACCUGUCCGCAGUCAUAUCGUACGCGCCCCGAGCCAGUUCAGCGGUACUGAGACUAGGAGACGCAAGACCAGCGACAGCAUCAAGUCGCUCGUCGAUCACUUCGAGAACUUGUCGCCGAUGAGUACACCUACCAAGGAUGGGUUCAGCAAGGAGGGAUCUGUCCAGGACGGCUCGACCAAGGACGGCUCCAUCAAGAACAGCUCUAUCAAGGACGGCCCCAUCAAGGACGCCAGAAAGGACACCGACAAAGGCGUCUAG